UUAGUCUGUUUUUUUUAGACUGGUGCUGCUCGUCGGUCUACACGUGGGGAGGAGAGGCUGACUUUCCACAGGGACACGUUUGAAAACUCACAUAAUCAGUCUUGCCCUCAUCGUGGCGGCACCGAGGAUCCUGAAAUACCGUGUAGCUGUUAGUGUCCUGAGGAAAUGCCGCUGAGGUUUCGCUCUAUUGUGCCCUACACACUACCCGGAGUCCUUGCACUGAUUGGCUGGUGGUGGUACAUCUCGCGGAAGAAAGAGCGGCUAAUCAGCCAUGACAGCCCAGAGGGGGCUCCAACCGCUAUGGGCCUUAGAACAUCUCCAGCAGAGGGUAGCAAUGGUUUGGUUGAGAAAAGCACUGUAUCCCCCACAAAUGACACAGAAAGCCCCUGCCACAGACCUCCACAGGCCAGUAACCUGAGAACAGAACAUGAAAAUAUUUCCCAGAUCCAUGUCCAGGGCACUGAGGCAGAACCUUCACUGAAACAAAGUUCCGAAGAAGCAGCCCCACACCUUGGCAGAAUAAAACAAGAGGAAGUCCAUAAACCCUCAGUCUCGACUCUACCUUCACCUGGCAAAGAAGACCACCUGCAGGUGUCACUGAAAGACCAUAAAGACCCAGAGAAAACCUCAACACCUGCCUUGGUAAAAGAGCUGGACAAACACCUAGUCAAAGCUCCAGCCUCUGCUCCAGAAGCCACAGUCGAAGAGGUCAUCCUGCCCUGCCAGUCUACCAAAGUCACCAGCUCCUGCCCCACAACAACACAUCGUUCUGAUGCAGAGAGGCCGGAGCCAGAAGGGGAAGUGGCAAAGCACCACAGUGCUGUUAACAUACAAGAUGAGAUGAUCGUUUGUGCAGUGACGCCAGCCAAAGUAAAGACAGUGAUUCCAUCAGAGGCUGACUCUUUAGAGACACCACCUUCAACGCAGGAUUUCCACCAACACAUUGUAACCAGCACACCUACCUCCCCGACCCCGACCUUCACAGCCCUGACAGCAGCCCAAGACUCCACCACCACAUCACAGGACAUCCAAGUAGAAAGUGGCAGCGGAGAGGAGCAGGAUCUGGAGCUUCUUGCAGCUGGACUCAUAACUGAGGUCAUCUCGGCAGCCACCCAGGAGGUCCUCGGUGUCACCAGCUGCCAGGUCACAGACAACAGCCAGCCCAGCUGUAGUAGCGGUUCACCACUGGCUAGCAGCAGACUACGCUUCCAGCAGGAGACCAGCACAGCAGCACAGCAGCACCACCAUCUACUGACAAGCCCCUCUCAGAAAUGCUAUGAGUCCAGAGAGGCCACAGAGGAACAAGAGCAAGGGAUGCCUAAUGGAUGCUCCUUGGCUCCAAUAUGGGAGCCUGUUGAGGUCAGUCACAGGGUUCAUCAGACAAACCAUGCACAGAGAAGCCACUGGCUAACACCGUCGCACCAAGCAGCACAAAGUACUCCUUUGCAAAACACGAAACUGAAAGGUGAUGAAGGAGCUGCGCUGGCCGACGACUCAGCCUGCAGUACGUGCCACUCUGAGGACGGCAUCAGCAACGAGGAACUUCAGGACAGCAUGUUUGACAACCAAAUGGAUGUGAUCCAGGUUACAGACUUGUCAACAAGAGAAGCCACACAGCCUCAAUCACUGGUUGAGACCGCCACUGAGGCGUCCGUGUUGGCUGAGGAAAACUCAGUGGAUGCUGUGUGUGAGAUAAAGAGGCUUAAUGGAAUGGGCCUGAGGAAUGGAGCCCAUGGGACAUGUGAGGUGGAGACGGACCAGUCUGGAGGCUCUGAUGUGAACAGUAUGGACUCAGUGGAUAGCGGCUGCACUAUGGGUGCUGUGGAAAGCCAGAGCAACCAUGCUGCCUCCUCAAGCUCUGACCUCAUCAUCUGGGAGAUUGAGGUGCCAAAGCAUCUUGUCGGGCGGUUAAUAGGGAAGCAGGGAAGAUAUGUGAGUUUCCUGAAGCAGAACUCUGGCGCAAAGAUCUACAUCUCCACCCUGCCUUAUACACAGGAGUUCCAGAUCUGUCACAUAGAGGGUACGCAGCAGCAGGUUGACAAAGCCCUGUCCUUGAUUGGGAAGAAGUUUAAAGACCUGGACUUGACCAACCUAUAUGCACCUCCGCCACCCCCACUCACAUUACCAUCACUUCCCAUGACCUCCUGGCUUCUGCUCCCCAGCGGAGUGACUGUUGAAGUGAUAGUGGUGAACAUCGUGUCAGCUGGUCAUGUCUUUGUCCAGCAGCACACCCAUCCCACCUACCACGCCCUGCGAAGCCUCGACCAGCAGAUGUUCCUCUGCUACUCCCAGCCAGGCACUCCCACCCUGCCCUCGCCCGCUGAAGUUGGUGUGAUCUGUGCAGCUCCAGCAGUGGAAGGAGCCUGGUGGAGAGCUCAGGUCAUCACCUUCUACAAGGAAACCAAUGAAGUGGAGAUCAGAUAUGUGGAUUAUGGAGGCUAUGACAGAGUUAAGAUCGACUCACUACGGCAAAUAAGGUCUGAUUUUGUAACGCUACCAUUUCAAGGUGCUGAAGUACUGCUCGACAACAUUGCCCCACUUCCAGGAGAGGAUCGCUUUUCACCAGAAGCCACAUCAGCGUUGGAGGAGAUGACCAGGGGAGUGGCACUGCUCGCACAGGUCUCAAACUACGAUAACAACACAGGCCUGCCGCUAGUCCACCUGUGGAAUAUGGUUGGAGAGGAGGUGAUUUCUGUUAACCGUACGCUGGCAGAGAGGGGCCUCGGUGUUUGGGUGGAUGGAUUUUGAACUCCUAACAUGCUCUGAUCGCAACCCCCCCCCCCCUUUUUCUCUUGCGAUCAGCAGUUUGGGACCCAGGUCAUGCUGGGCUCCCGGCCCCACCAGACACACCACUGGAUCUAAGAAGAUUGUUUUUCCUUUCAUUUAUUUUUUUUUUUGUCCUCUGUCCCCCCAUUCCUUUGAAAAGAAAUUAAAAAUUGUUUGCAGGCAUAAUCUACAAGAACAGCACUGCUUCGAAGUAAGACAACCUCCCCCCUCUUGGUCUUGUACACAAAAAUAACUUGCAGAAGGAAAGAAAGAGGUACUUGUAAAAAAAAUAAUAAUUUUUUAAAAUCUAUAUUGUAAUUAAAUAAAGGUCGAACCAAUAUUUUUUCCUUCCCCAUCCUACCUUAAUUUUUGCUCUGGGCCUUUGCUCACUGACUGGAUCAUCAUGCUGUGUGGAAGGACAAACACCUCCAUCAGACUGGAGACAUUUCAAUAGUCAGAGUUUCAUUGACACCUCAGCGAUAGUCGUCUGUAGGUCACUACUUUCAGAGUUAAUUCAGCAGAUUUUUGCAUGGAUAGAAUGUAGGUGGCAGAGGGUUACGGAGACUGACGGGUGCUAACGUGGCAGAGAGCAGAGGCUGGUCCCUGGUGGAGUACCGAGCACCCAGCUGGUCUGCCUGGCACUGCGGUCUCAAGAGACACGGACUUCUUUGGGGUCUCCGUCCAGAGCUGCUGCUGCACCUCCAACAAGAACAGAGGAGCGAGCAGUUUGCUUUUGCUCUACCUUUCUCCACCAACUUGCACUGAGUACAGAGGAAUUUCAACCUACCAGACAGAAUGCAGUUGAACAACUUUUGAAAUUGGAACUCUAAGUUGGGCAAGAUUCCUUUCAUAUUUCCAAGAUGCAUUUUUCUGUCAGUGAGGCAACAUAAGACUGACAGUGCAGAUCAUCACAUAGGGACCGUUUGUAAUCCUCAAAUUACAUCCGAUCUGUUUUUAAAGACUGACAUACCUGUAAAGAUCCACUCCAAUUUUGUGAUAGCAUCCCAAAAUGCCUAUAUUUAGUGCCCCCAAAGUCCCAAAAGCUGAUUAUUUUUUUCUUUUUGUUUUUUCAAUAAUUUGAGCACAAUAUAUUUCUUUUGCUCUCAAGAUAAGAACAUUUUUUUAAAAAGCAGGUAUAUGGAAACUGGUUAAACAUGUAAAUCUGAAGGGAAAUGAAGCUGCUAGUGAUUUACCAUUACCAAUAUUUAAUGUUGGUCAAAUAACUGAAUGUCUCAUGGGUGUCCUCUGUUUAAGUAAUUCCAAAGAAAUGAGGAUUUUCACUGUAA